CUUCUUCAUUCCGACUCCAUUUAUUAGCUCAGAUUUCCAUUUCACACCUACUGUCAAUCAAAUUACCUAAUUACCCUCACCCAUCACCAUAUUCUCCAGUCUUGCUUUCAUUCCUCAGCUGGGAUCCACAUUUCACACUUGCAAUCCCAGUUUCUGAAACUGUAAGAACUCUUACAUGUUUUCUUGAUUCUAGCUUAUGUUUUGACUUGGGAGAGAGAUAAAGUUGAUUUCUUGAUGAUAAAAAUUGAAUCUUGCGUGCUACUCCUUGUGUUUUAGAGAUGAGUGCCGUCAUAUAUAGAUUGUACUGGGAUUUCUGUAGCUACUUGAGGCCAAUGUUGAAAAGGGUUCUCAAAUUCAGCAAGAUGUUAGCUGGGAAUUACAGCAAAAGCUCCAUGUUUCAGUCUGUUACUGCCAUUUUCAUGUUUGGUUCCAUUCUAUGCUUCAUUGUGGUGAUGGGAUCUAGCUAUUUUUACAUGUUUCCAUCUUCUGAAACUGUAGUUGAUACUGGUAGAAGUAGAGAUGGUAAUAAUAUUAGCAAGGAAUGCAAUGUGUUUGAUGGGAAAUGGGUGGUGGAUGAUAGUUAUCCAUUGUAUAAUGCAUCAGAUUGCCCUUUUGUAGAGCAUGGUUUUGAUUGUGUGGGUAAUGGGAGGAAAGAUAGGGAUUAUCUGAAGUGGAGGUGGAAGCCUAGGAACUGUGAGAUUCCUAGAUUUGAUGUGGGUGCCGCGUUGAAGUAUCUGCGCGGGAAGAGGGUGGUUUUCGUAGGGGAUUCGCUGAGUAGGACUCAAUGGGAGUCUAUGGUGUGUAUGCUGAUGAGUGGUGUUGAGGAUAAGAGGUUUGUGUAUGAGGCCAAUGGAAAUGAGAUCACAAAGCAGAUUAGGCAUUUGAGUGUCAGGUUUGAGACGUUUAGUCUCACUGUCGAGUUCUAUCGCUCUGUGUUCCUAGUGCAGCCGGGCGCAGCGCCCAAGCACUCUCCGAAGAGAGUGAAGGCUGUGCUGAAACUGGACCAGAUGGAUGAUAUUAGCAGUGAAUGGAUUGAUUCGGAUAUUCUCAUUUUCAAUUCGGGGCAUUGGUGGACGCGUACAAAACUGUUUGAACUUGGCUGGUAUUUUCAGAAUGGUGGAAGGACGAAGUUCGGGAUGCCAAUAAGUAAUGGCUUCAAGAUCGCAUUAGCCACUUGGAAAUCUUGGGUAGAGAAGGUGGUGAACCCCAACAAGACUCGGGUUUUUUUCCGGACCUUUGAAUCCUCUCAUUGGAGUAGCGGAUCGCGUCAGAAUUGCAAAGUAACAAGGCUGCCUACUUUCAAAGCUAAAGGGAAACAGAGGAGUUCAGUAUCUGAUGCAAUAAUCAAAACUAUGAAUAACGUGUCUGUCCCCGUAAAAUUGCUGCACGUUACUCAGAUGGGCGCCUCUCGGAGUGAUGCACAUGUGGGUUCAUGGAGUGAUAAUCCAUCCGUUCCUGACUGCAGCCAUUGGUGCCUCCCUGGGUUGCCAGAUGUGUGGAACGAGCUCCUCUUCUCGUUUCUCCUCUCGAAGUAAAGAAAUCUAUCACAACUUUCUAACACGUGAGUUCCUUUUCUUUUUGAUUUUGGCCCCAUCGACACUUGCUAUCGAGUUCACUACAUGUUAUUCGUUUCCUUGUUUAGGACAUAGUAACAUGUUCCUUUAUUUUUCUGACCUCAGGUUUUGUAUAAUACAGAUUGCCUUUGUUUCUUGAUUGUCUAUAUUUCAAGUUCUUGUAGUCAUGUGUAGAAUGUAUAACACAUAAAACUUUCAUAAUGUACAAUAUAUAUGUUGUGUAUUUAUAUCGUUA